CAGCUUUCACUGUCGCUCAGUUCCAGGAGGCGAAAGAAACAAACGAAAUCUUGUCGAGCUCAAAGUUGGACCAAACGGGGAAGAUAAGAAUCUAUAAAAGGAGAGCCAGAGACAUCCGACCGCGACAAUGUUCAUAUGAAGUCCCACUAAAAUAUAUCUUUUGAGUUUUGCUGCGAACCCAUUUGAGAAUUUCAGUGAAAAAAAAAAAAAAAAAAAAACAUGGCAGGUGGUGGGUUUUCGCUGGGCUCGGCUUUCGAUACCAAAUCUGGACAGAUGAUAAUGGUGGCUCUGCUUCUCAUGGCUGGCUCCUUUUAUGCUGGCACACUCUUUGGCAACCAAUCCCCCAUUUAUGUUUCUCAGCAUACCUCCAAUUCUUCUUCUUCUUCUUCUUCUUCUUCACCUCUUGGUAGUUCCACAUUUACAAAUAAAGUUGCUCUUACAUACAGAAGAACACCACUUUUGAUCCCAGAAACUGGUUUGGAUGUAUGCCCAUUGACAUUCAAUGAGUAUAUCCCCUGCCACAAUGUUUCUUAUGUCAAAACAUUGCUCCCUAACUUGGAUGUUUCUAGAAGAGAAGAACUAGAGAGGCACUGUCCUCCACUUGAAAAGCGCUUGUUUUGCUUGGUCCCACCACCAGAAGAUUAUAAGAUACCUAUAAGGUGGCCAACCAGUAGAGAUUAUGUGUGGCGGAGCAAUGUGAAUCAUACACAUCUUGCUGAAGUCAAAGGAGGACAAAAUUGGGUGCAUGAAAAGGACCAGCUCUGGUGGUUCCCAGGUGGUGGUACCCAUUUCAAACAUGGAGCGCCUGAGUAUAUCCAGAGGUUGGGAGAUAUGAUUACGAAUGAGACAGGUGAUCUACGCGCUGCUGGGGUAGUUCAAGUUCUGGAUGUUGGUUGUGGUGUUGCCAGCUUUGCAGCUUAUCUUCUUCCCUUGGAUAUACAAACAAUGUCAUUUGCUCCCAAAGAUGGCCAUGAAAAUCAGAUUCAAUUUGCUUUAGAGCGAGGAAUUGGUGCAAUGAUUUCUGCGUUAGCCACAAAACAAUUGCCAUAUCCAACCAACUCUUUUGAGAUGGUUCACUGUUCAAGGUGCCGUGUUGAUUGGCAUGAGAAUGAUGGCAUUUUACUGAAAGAAGUUAAUCGUGUUCUGCGAUCUAAUGGAUACUUUGUAUAUUCUGCUCCACCUGCUUAUAGAAAGGAUAAAAACUAUCCCGAAAUUUGGGAGAAGUUGGUAAAUAUUACUUCUGCAAUGUGCUGGAAACUCAUUGCCCGAAAAGUUCAGACUGCUAUUUGGACUAAACAAGAAAACCAGGCAUGCAUCUUGCAUAAUGCUGAGCAGAAGCUUAUAGAUGUAUGUGAUGUUGUGGAUUAUUCUAAUCCAUCAUGGAAUACCCCACUACAGAAUUGCGUACAAGUAGGGGAUUCUGUGCGGCUUCCUUCUAGACCAGAGCGUCUUUCAGUAUACUCAGAAAGUCUCAGCAGAAUAGGUAUUAGUAAGGAGGAAUUUACUUCAGACACUACCUUUUGGCAAGAACAAAUCCGUCACUACUGGAGACUGCUUAAUGUGAAUACAACAGAAAUACGAAAUGUCAUGGACAUGAAUGCUUUUUGUGGUGGAUUUUCUGUGGCAUUAAAUUCAUCACCAACUUGGGUGAUGAACAUAGUUCCUGCAAGCAUGAAGAAUACCUUAUCUGCCAUUUAUGAUCGUGGUCUGAUUGGUGCUUUCCAUGAUUGGUGUGAACCAUUUUCAACCUAUCCACGCACAUAUGACCUGUUGCAUGCCAACCAUCUCUUCUCUCACUAUAAGGACCGUGGAGAAGCUUGCUUGCUGGAGGAUAUCAUGCUGGAGAUGGACCGCAUAGUACGGCCCCAGGGCGUUAUUAUCAUUAGAGAUGAGCAAUCCAUUACGUCAAGAAUCAAAGAUCUUGCUCCAAAGUUUAUGUGGGAUGUGGAAUCACAUUUGCUGGAGAAUAAACAGAAGAAGAUGGAAAUCGUGUUAGCAUGUAGAAAGAAGUUCUGGGCAAUUGUAUAGGGCGUUCCACAGAGUUUUGCCAAAAUAUAAAAGUUCUCUCUGAAUCUCUGACCAUGUAAGGCUGCUUGUAUUAUGGUUGUCUUUUUCUUCUAAGUCUGAGUGCGGUAGUUAAGGUUAUAUUGAAUGGAAACGAGGCCAAAGGUCUAUUAACUUAUCCAUUUCUGGCUGAUAUUGUAUUGUUACUAUUAUAUGCAUUUGUAGAGAGUUUUUCUUUCUAUGUGACUUUCACUUGUAUUUGUUUAUACAAGAAUUUUUUUAUUUA